CACCCUCCGAGACCAGAACAGUCUGAAUACGUUGCAGUUUACGUACACAACGGUGGAACAUGUUGGACGAGUCGUCGACAACGUCUACAAUCACGACUUCAACUGCAACGAUCUCCACUUCUGUUGUCGCAACGUCGUCGAUAAAACCAAAUGCUUCCAUCACCACCGGAGUAGGUUCGCAAACGGCCGUCACAGCAUUGUCCUCGGCGACUUCAACUUGCACGGCCGCAGCCAUAGCUGAUGCUUUUGACAUAUUCGAUCAUAGUGGGAACAGGACCAUUGAUGUACGUGAACUUGGCACAGUACUCCGUUAUUUGGGUUACGUACCGUCGCAGGCCGACUUGAGGGAACUCGCAGUAAACGUUGAAGAUCACGAAGCGACCGGUACCGUACAUCUGGCGGCAUUUUUACCGUAUGUUGAAAACGCCAUUAGUGAAUACAAAUAUCAGCCGGCAUCGGCGUCCGAACUUCUUAGCGCAUUUCGUGCCUUGGACCCAGAGCGGACUGGAACUGUGAGCCGUGAGUGCAUGGAGUCGGCCCUCCGUCACGAUGGAGAACCUUUCGAGGACGAAGAACUGGAAGAAAUGAUGUCUGCCGCCACCAUCGAAACGGCUGCUGGUGGUACCGUCAUACCGUACGAGCUCUACAUCAAUAAAAUCUUGGUGACCAAAUGGGAUACAGAACAGUAUGGUAGUAAUACCACGACUAUUACUACCACUAACUCAAAAAUAUCGAAUAGAAAUAAUUAAUCAAUAAUAUUAAACUUCGUACAUAUUUUCAAAUUUAAAAAAAACACAUUUU